AUGCCUACGGAUCCUGACGAAUCAUUUGCCAAUUGGUUAGCCUCUAGAAGGAUUGUUGCAAGGCAACAUAAGCCUUAUUUGUGUUUUGAUAGUCGGGUUUUGGCUGCUAGAGGGUCUGCUGUACUAGGAGGUAAAUUUAAAGUUAAACACUAUUUAUAUGAUCAGCAAUUGAAUAAGGGAGAAUUCUCGAAUAGAGCUAUUGAAAGUAUUGAAGAACAUCUAUACGAAUUAGAAAAGUAUUCACUUGUAAAAGAUGAAGGGCGUGAAUUUGUCAAUAAUAUUAAGGAAGGAUGUGAUAAAUUUGAACCCAUAUGGUCGGAUGCGCUUUAUCUGAAUCCUGCAGAAAGACUAAUACCACCAAAUCAAAAAUUAUUAGCGGAUAUUUACCUACCAGAGGCUGAACGUGCAUUUGCGAAUCCCUUUGCCCACCAAUCUUUGUCAUUUAAGAACAACCUGGCAUGCAUUUACGGUAAAUGGCUCUUUAUGGCAUAUCAAGAUACUAUAGAGAUUCAUAAUUUAGACUGUUUGUUCUUAGAGAAACUCCAAUGGAAGGAAAUGUCAUUUUCUAUUCAUUUAAAAUACUGUAAGAACUCUGCUAAAUUUGCAGCCGAUAGAGAAAUGCAGAAGGAAAAUAUCGAGUAUUUAUUCAGUGAAAAUAACUUCCAUGUAAACCACAUGAAAGUCUCAAGGUUUUUCGGUAACGAUGUCUUAUGCCUCUGUUUGGAUGGUGGUAUAGUUCUAGUUUAUGAGAUGAGCACUGUUUUUACCGCGAUUGGAGAAUCUAUGAAGAAGAAGGACUUACAAUACAGGAAACAUGUUAAUGUUAUUCCGUUGCUGCUCCUUAGGAUCCCUGACAGUUGCUGGAGUGUGGAUAUUUCGGAUGAAGGUCCCAUCACUUUUUUAGCCGCCGGGCACAAUGGUCCUGGUGUCACAGUGUUCGCAUUUGAUAAAACUCGUCAUUCUUUACAUCCUGCAGAUUCAUAUGAAAUAUCCUCCUUCCACAAUGUACCAAAUUUGAGUUUUAUCCCAGGAUCUCGCGAUAAAAAUGGGUUUGUCACACUAGCAUUUUGUUCGAUCUAUGGAAAUGUAACCACAGUUCAACUGCGAUUGGACCCAUCUUCUAAAACUAUACGGGGGAGGAUUAUGGAUUCACAAUUCUUUGCAGCAUUCUGCUGGACUGUGAUACCCUUGAAAAAACGAGAUUUUCUGAAAGUACCAAAAUUCGAAUUCCUCAAUUUAAAUUAUCAAACCAGUUUCAAGAGGUCAAUUCUUUAUUCUGUGACUCAAGAUAGUCUGAUCUUGGAAUGCCAUCCUCCAAGUGUUUAUUGUUCAGGUGAGUUGGGCAUUGGUGCUCUCACUACACAAAUACCAGUGCCUGUAGUUCCUUUAGGGUGGGGUUGUCAAAAUGGAAUUACCAAUUCGAAUCUUCAACUAAGGUUCACAUCGUUUGAUAAGAGGGGAGUCGUCACAAGGGCACAUCUAAAUCCAGAUGAUGCAGAAAGCGUUGUACCAGGUUAUGGCCCGCUGUUCAGAGUUACGAGACAUUCAGAACCGAAUUUGGAAGAGAGAGUUAUCAAAGAUUUACCAGAGGAUAACUAUAGACACUUUUACAUGUUUGGAGAGCAUGGAACCUUGAAGAAUGAACAUCUUAAUGACGAUGCAUUUAAAAGGUACGAAAAUCUAGUAUUUAAAAAUGCCAGUUCUCAUGAGAACGAAAGUUCUAACGGUAUUAAUUAUCGUGUAUGGUCCGAUUUGGAUGAUGAUAAAGAAGUUCAGGAACCAUUUGAUCCUCAUUCUCUCAGGGAGAUGGGUAAACGUACUCACUUAGACAAGAAAGUUACGGUUUAUUGCCCAUUGCCUUUGGCAGGAUACAAUCGGAUGUAUUUCCCAGAUAUUUGUGAAUAUACGCUAACGCAGGCGUUUGCUGACCCAAUGGACCGUCCGGUAGAAGAUACACCCCCAGAUUCAGGGGAAGGAGAUUCUCCACAUCAUGAUCAUCUUUUCCCUGUUGAUGGGUUGUUGGCAGCUGGUCAUCUCGAAGGUCAACCAAAGUGGGCUCUUCAUAACCACACUAGGAAAGUCCGUCAUCUUUUGAGCAUGGUGGAAUCGGACUCUACUGGUUCACCAUUUGGAUAUCGACUAUCUGAACUCGAUGAGGAUUUUCUCUUCGUCACAUCGGCGCACCACAUCUAUCUAGUUAAGGCCCAUCCACUAAUAGUCACAUCCUUCACUAAGGAUAGAAUCUUCCCCGUCAGUAAGAUUUCCCUUUGUUCACGUCACGAAUUUCUGAUGGCACUAGAUAGAAUUAACUUCGUGUGUCACAUCAAGGAACUCAACUGCUUAGUGGUGGCUUCACAGGUAGGUCUUUUGUCUCUAUUAAGAUUAACGGAAUACAAUGGUAUUUACUCCUUCCGACAAGAAUACAUCCUGGGUUGGAACCCACAGUCUCCUGGAGACCCAGAUCCUCAAUGUAUUCUCACCUAUACAACCCCUGAUGGCUCGGGAAAUAGCUGCAGGUACUGCGGUAUAGAUGACGUGGUUCUGCCCUUCUAUAAUAUCGUUGGACUUGACUAUAGUUAUGUGCCCGAGGAUAAACUAAACUGCAGAGGCCCCUACGCAGUUCUUUACGUGCUUUCGGGAACCUCCCUACGCAGAGUCAAAAUAUACCCAAGCUCUGGUACAAAUUAG